ACGACCCCUUCCUUCCCAUCCCAUCCCAAGGGGCUCUCACUCGCUCAGUCCCCACUGCUAGCUAGCUGCUGCUGGCUGAGCUCUCCCCUUCCCCCCAAAUUCGUCUCCAACUCCAGCCAAGAAUUAAUCAAUCAAUGGCGAUAGGGGGGGCGUUCGUGGAGGGCCCGGCGGGCGGCGCCGGGUACAGCGGCCGGGUCACCUCCUUCGUCGUCCUCUCCUGCAUCGUCGCCGGCAGCGGCGGCAUCCUCUUCGGCUACGACCUCGGAAUCUCAGGCGGCGUCACGUCCAUGGAGUCGUUCCUCAAGAAAUUCUUCCCGGACGUGUACCACCAGAUGAACGGCGACAAGGCCGCCGUCUCCAACUACUGCCGCUUCGACAGCGAGCUGCUCACCGUCUUCACCUCCUCCCUCUACGUCGCCGGCCUCGUCGCCACCCUCUUCGCCUCCACCGUCACCACCCGCUACGGCCGCCGCGCCUCCAUCCUCAUCGGCGGCUCCGUCUUCAUCGCCGGAUCCGCAUUCGGGGGCGCCGCCGUCAACGUCUACAUGCUCCUCGUCAACCGCAUCCUCCUCGGCAUCGGCCUCGGAUUCACCAACCAGUCGAUUCCACUGUACCUCUCGGAAAUGGCGCCGCCGCAGUACCGUGGCGCCAUCAACAACGGCUUUGAGCUCUGUAUCAGCAUCGGCAUCCUCAUCGCGAACGUUAUCAACUAUGGAGUGCAGAAAAUCGAAGGAGGAUGGGGGUGGAGGAUAUCACUGUCCAUGGCUGCUGUCCCCGCUGCAUUUCUGACUAUCGGUGCGAUCUUCCUUCCUGAGACCCCGAGCUUCCUGAUCCAGCGUGAUGGCAAUGUCGACGAGGCGAAGAUGAUGCUCCAGAGGCUGCGUGGCACGACGGGGGUUCAGAAAGAGCUCGACGAUCUGGUCACCGCUAGCAACAUAUCCAGAGCAAUCAAGAACCCGUACCGGAACAUCCUGAAGAAGAAGUACAGGCCGCAGCUCGUGAUAGCGCUCCUCAUUCCUUUCUUCAACCAGGUCACGGGAAUCAACGUGAUCAACUUCUAUGCGCCGGUCAUGUUCCGGACCAUCGGGCUAGGGGAGAGUGCAGCACUCAUGUCAGCGGUCGUGACACGCCUCUGCGCCACAGUCGCCAACAUCGUGGCCAUGAUCGUCGUCGACAAGUUCGGGCGAAGAAAGCUCUUGCUGGUAGGCGGUGUUCAGAUGAUCCUGUCACAGUUCACUGUCGGUGCGAUCCUGGCUGUGAAGUUCAAGGACCAUGGAGUCAUGGAUAAGGAGUAUGGAUACCUGGUCCUGAUCAUCAUGUGCGUGUUCGUGGCAGGGUUCGCCUGGUCCUGGGGACCUCUCACCUACUUGGUGCCAACAGAGAUCUGCCCGCUGGAGAUCAGGUCGGCAGGGCAGAGCGUUGUGAUUGCGGUCAUCUUCCUGAUGACCUUUGUGAUCGGGCAGACGUUUCUCAACAUGCUGUGCCAUCUCAAGUUCGGCACCUUCUUCCUGUUUGGCGGGUGGGUGUGCGUGAUGACGCUGUUCGUCUUCUUCUUCCUGCCGGAGACGAAGCAGCUGCCCAUGGAGCAGAUGGAGCAGGUGUGGAGGAAGCACUGGUUCUGGAAGAGGAUAAUUGGGGAGGGGGAAGAAGAGGUGGAUCAGGCACAAACUGGUGCAGGAGCCAUAGCCAUGUCCACCACACCACAUAGCAGUUAGUGACAUUCUUUUGGGGGGUGUAAAACCUGCACCCAGAAAUGAUGAACUAGUACAUCUGCAUGUACAAGGUGAGGUACUCAUAUAGCCAUAAUAUAUAUAUACUGUAUGUAUCCUAACUCAAGUCAAUAGUUCAGUGCAGCUGUGAGUAUGAAUGAAUUAAUGUAACCUAUAUAUAAGUUGAUGUUUGGAAUGGCAGAAAGUAAUAAGGUAGGAGUAUAUUGCAGAGCAGCUUGACUAAAUAAGAUACGGUUUUGUAAGCUCUGCUUAUAACUAGAGAUGCAUGUCAGAAGACAAGCCCUCACCUGUGCUCCUGUAUAUGAAAGAAACCACCUUAUAUAUGAUGAUUGGGUUUUCAUCAAA